UGUUGCUGUUAUCAUCGUUGUGUGCCUAUCGUCCGUCGUUCAUCGUUGUUGCUGUUAUCAUCGUUGUGUACCGUUUAUCGUUGUCGUCUAUCGCCAUUGUUAUCGUUGUCGUCUAUCGCCAUUGUUAUCAUCGUUGUGUGCCCGUCCAUCUAUCUUGUUCGUAUCACCUUAUCACCUCUAUCGCUUCUAUGGUCACCUUCUUUUUCCGAGCCGUCACCUCACCACUCCACCCCCUCCCCCGAUUCUGCUCUAUGUAGAUGCCUAAUGGAGCCAAGCACUGGGCAUUCACGUGUAACAACUACACUCCUGCCGAUAUAGAAUCCAUUGAACAGGCUGCAAGUGGUUCAACGGUAGACCAUGUAAUAUUUGGAAAGGAAGUAGGAGCCUCCGGGACACCGCAUCUUCAAGGCAACGUUUCAUUCUCCAAGCGAACUUCAAUGAAGAAAGCCCUGAAGACCCUAGGUAUUCAGGCUCAUCUAAGCAUUACCAGACAACUAGAGAGAGCCAUUGAAUACUGCAAGAAGAACGGUGACUGGUGUGAAUUCGGGACACCACCUCGUAUAACACAGACACCAGGGAAGCGCAGCGAUAUAGACCCCUUUAAAGAAGCGGUGAAAGCAGGCAACCGUGACAAGAAGCUGCUCAGAGAUGAAUUUAGUGAAGUAGCCGCAAGAUACCCUCGUUUCUUCCAUGAAUUCAUAGAGGACUGCAAUACUUCGACAGACCCAGUAGAAGACCAUCCACUUAGACCGUGGCAAGAGGACCUCAAUAAGCGUCUCAGUCUCCCUCCCAACUCUCGCGAAAUAAUCUUUGUAGUCGACCCAAUGGGAAACCAAGGGAAGAGCUGGUUUGCACAAUAUUAUUGCAGCCACCAUGAGAACACUCAAAUCAUACUCCCCGGGAAGAAAGCGGACAUGGCAUACGCUGUGGACACCUCUAAGAAUGUAUUCUUAUUCGAUUGUCCCCGAAGCAAGCAAGGUGAAUUCAUCCAGUAUGAUUUCUUAGAGGAGUUGAAGAACGGUCUCUUCUUCAGCACCAAAUACGAAUCACGUAUGAAACGUAUGAAGAAACCUCACAUUGUGGUAUUCAUGAAUGAACCACCGGACAUGACUAAACUCAGUAAAGACAGGUAUGCUAUCUACAACAUCACCGAUUCAACAGGGAACUUCACGUUUAAUACAAGAACACCCUACAUGUUUCAACCCAAAGAACCAAGCCAGACACUUGUAGAAAAAGCCAACCAUAUCUUUGGAUCUUUCCCAAUGGAACCCCGUCCCACCAAGAAAGUUCCAAGUUCACCCAAUCCCUGUGUGGAAGCCUGGCGUCAAACACGUAACAGCUCAUAAUUUUUUUCUUAAAUAAUGCCUUCUAAAUCUGGAGAAGUAGGAGACAACCGAAUGACAUUCACUCAACAAAGUGUAUAUGACCUAAAUCCUGAAGACAGAAAGAAACUCCGAGAAUCUCAAAAGUCCCCCUCUUCUCGACCUAAACCCUCCCAACUUAGUGGAAGAUAAGGUUAUCUGGGACAACCACCCUCUUGUCCUCAGGAUAUUCAAUUACAGUAACGCCAUACCCAGGGAUAAACACUCUCUCUCCAAUCUCAAUCUCCAGCUCAUCCAAUUCGUCUUUGUCGCAUUGGGCAUCCUGAUGUCCGUCGCCCAGGGGGUAUUCCACCAGCUUCCCACAGAAAGGGCAUGGAGCCUUUGUAGUACCCUGCUUCCUUAACGCAAUUGGAAUCCGAUAGUAGUCCUGUAAACGUCGUCGCAUUUCUUCAACGUCCGUCAUGGUGGACUUUUUUGCAACACUCCCAUCAGCAAUCUCGGCUCUCAUUUUUUCAAAUAAAUAUCCUAUAAUUGUGUGCUAACCGAUGCCAUACGACUUCAGGAUAAAUCACGAGAAUCAAUUAGAAUAGAACAACAAUGCUAAAGAUCAUUUAACCUUC